GCUAGUCGCGGAGUGCGGGGGGAGGGGCAGGGAGCGGGAGCUGCCGCCGCCGCCGGAGCAAACCGCGGGGACCGAGAUGCAGCUGCUGCCGCUCACCCCGUGUCUUCUGGCCGCUUCCCUCUUUGCUGCCCCUCCCCACAGGCUCCCCCUCUCUGCCUCCUGGGGACCGUCAUGAAUGGUGCCCCUUCCCCGGAGGAUGGGGCCUCCCCCUCUCCUCCGCCUUUGCCACCACCCCCUCCUCCUAGUUGGCGGGAAUUCUGCGAGUCCCAUGCCCGGGCUGCUGCCCUGGAUUUUGCCCGCCGUUUUCGCCUCUACCUGGCCUCCCACCCCCAGUACGCAGGGCCCGGGGCUGAGGCUGCCUUCUCCCGCCGUUUUGCCGAACUCUUCCUGCAGCACUUUGAAGCUGAGGUGGCCCGGGCCUCCGGCUCCCUCUCGCCACCCAUCCUGGCACCCCUGAGUCCUGCUGCGGAGAUCCCGCCACAUGACCUGUCCCUUGAGAGCUGCAGGGUGGGCGGGCCCCUGGCUGUGCUGGGCCCUUCUCGAUCAUCUGAGGACCUGGCCGGCCCCCUCCCUUCCUCAGUCUCUUCCUCUUCUACGACCUCCUCGAAGCCGAAGCUAAAGAAACGCUUCUCCCUCCGCUCAGUGGGUCGCUCCGUCCGCGGUUCAGUCCGUGGCAUCCUGCAGUGGCGGGGGACGGUUGACCCUCCCUCCCCGGCCGGGCCCCUUGAGACCUCAUCAGGCCCCCCAGUCUUGGGUGGAAACAGCAACUCCAACUCCUCUGGCGGGGCCGGGACCAUUGGCAGGGGACUGGUUAGUGAUGGAACAUCCCCUGGGGACCGAUGGACUCACCGAUUUGAGAGGCUGAGACUCAGUCGGGGAGGCGGGGCCUUGAAGGAUGGAGCAGGGAUGGUGCAGAGGGAAGAGCUGCUGAGUUUCAUGGGGGCUGAAGAGGCAGCCCCUGACCCAGCUGGAGUGGGCCGGGGAGGAGGAGGGGCAGCUGGGCCUACCUCGGGGGGAGGAGGGCAGCCUCAGUGGCAGAAGUGUCGCUUACUGCUCCGAAGCGAAGGAGAAGGAGGAGGAGGAAGUCGUCUGGAGUUCUUUGUACCGCCCAAGGCGUCUCGGCCUCGACUCAGCAUUCCCUGCUCUACCAUCACGGACGUGCGGACGACCACAGCCCUGGAGAUGCCCGACCGGGAGAACACGUUUGUGGUUAAGGUGGAAGGCCCCUCGGAGUACAUCCUGGAGACAGCCGAUGCUCUGCAUGUGAAGGCCUGGGUGUCUGACAUCCAAGAGUGCCUGAGCCCGGGACCCUGCCCUGCCACCAGUCCCCGCCCCAUGACCCUCCCCCUGUCCCCUGGGACCUCAUUCCUUACAAGGGAGAACACAGACAGCCUGGAGCUGCCCUGCCUCAAUCACUCAGAGAGUCUGCCCGGCCAGGAUCUGCUGCUGGGAGCCAGCGAGAGCAACGACCGCCUGUCGCAGGGGGCCUAUGGGGGCCUUUCAGACCGCCCCUCGGCAUCCAUCUCCCCCAGUUCCGCUUCCAUUGCUGCUUCCCAUUUUGACUCAAUGGAACUGCUUCCCCCAGAGUUGCCCCCCCGCAUCCCCAUUGAAGAGGGGCCCCCAGCGGGCACAGUUCAUCCACUCGCAGCCCCCUACCCACCCCUGGACACUCCGGAAGCGGCCACAGGUACCAGAGGAUCAUUCCUGUUCCAGGGGGAGUCAGAGGGAGGCGAAGGGGAGCAGCCCCUCUCAGGGUACCCUUGGUUCCACGGGAUGCUCUCUCGACUCAAGGCCGCGCAGCUAGUGCUAGCCGGAGGCGCCGGCUCCCACGGUGUUUUCCUGGUUCGGCAGAGUGAGACGAGGCGGGGCGAAUACGUGCUCACUUUCAACUUCCAGGGCAAGGCCAAGCACCUGCGCCUGUCGCUGAACGAGGAGGGUCAGUGCCGGGUCCAGCACUUGUGGUUCCAGUCCAUUUUCGAUAUGCUCGAGCAUUUCCGGGUGCACCCCAUCCCUCUGGAGUCUGGAGGCUCCAGUGACGUUGUUCUUGUCAGCUAUGUCGUGUCCUCCCAGCGACAGCAGGGUGAGCAGAGCAGGUCUGCAGGGGAGGAGGUGCCCGUGCACCCAAGAAGUGAGGAGGCCGGGAGCAGGCCGGGAGCCAUGCAGGGGUGUGCGAGGGAGAUCGAUGCUACCCCGAUGCCUCCUCCACCCUCAUGCCCUUCGGAGCGAGUGACUGUGUAACCGAACACCUCCCAUGACCCACCCCAGCCCCCUGAGCCCCCUUCAUGGACAGAUCCCCCACAUCCUGGGGCAGAAGAGGCGUCGGGGGCGCCAGAAGUGGCGGCAGCAGCAGCCGCAGCAGCCAAAGAGAGGCAAGAGAAAGAGAAAGCGGGCAGUGGAGGGGUCCAGGAAGAGCUGGUCCCCGUGGUUGAGCUGGUCCCCGUGGUUGAAUUGGAAGAGGCCGUAGCCCCAGGCACGGAGGCCCAGGGAGGCGCCGGAUCUGGUGGGGCCACGGGGACCACUGCGAUGGUGCAGCUCCAGCAGUUACCACUAGGGGGCGAUGGAGAAGAAGGGGGCCAUCCCAGAGCCAUCAAUAACCAGUACUCCUUCGUGUGAGACACCCUACCCUGCGCUUUCUCCACUCUUCUAGCUCCCCAGCCCUUAGUUGGUGAGAUUGGGGCUGGGCAGGGAUGGAGAGGAGCGGUAGGAAUCCCCUCCCCACGUGCUUCCUGACCCUUGACGGCCAAGGGCAUCUAUGUUGGUACAAGAAGAGGUUCGAGAGCCCUGUUAACUCCCCAGUUCAUACACUACAGGUGCCCCAUCCCCUGGGCAGGGGAUUUGGGCUCCAUUACCUCCCUGAGGGGCUCUUAUGGUCAGCCCCACCCCUGGGGGCCAUUUCCACAUUAACCACCCCCCAGCCCGGGGAGGGGUGAGGGGGAAGGGCUGUCAGUUAUAUUAAGGUGGUUGUUGUUGUUGUUUUAAACAAAAUGGAAAAGCAUAAAUAAAUAAAAGGGUUUAUCUCAGUU